AUGGUUAAUGCAGUUGAAAUCCUUGGAAACCCUGACCGACCAAAUAUUUAUUUUUCAUCAUCCUCUAGACCAGACAGAGGAGAGGAUAAACUAAAUGAAAUAUUGGUCCCCUUGGUGGAAAGCUUAAAGAAGGAGAGAACAAAGUUUCCUUUUCCUGUUGUUUUUGGACAUUAGAGACCAUUUCAUCAUGUUAUGCCUUUUUCAGCCGAGCAGUGGGGAAAGAGUAGUAUGAACCUAUAGAUGCCCUGCCCAAGGUCGAGAAUAGGUUAUUUACUCAAUUUCACGCCCAAUACCUACUUCAAGAAAAGGAAAGAAUAAUUGAUGGCCUUACCUCGGGGAAAUCUAAACUCAGGAUUGUCUUUGCAACAGUCGCAUUUGGUGUUGGUCUGGACUUAAAAGAUAUUAGACAAAUAAUUCAUGUAGGGCUGCCAUGUACAGUGGAAGAGUACUUUCAGGAGGCCGGUAGGGCCAGUAGAGAUGGUCUUCCUUCAAAAGCCCUUAUCUACGACAACUCAUUCGAUACAUCAAAGGCAAGAAAACAUUUGUCUUCAGUAAUGAGGGAUUAUGUGCAAUCAAAGAAGUGUAAAAGAGAAAUUAUUAUGGGGUAUUUUGGGUUUUUCCCUCUGCCACUUGACACAGCUCAUGCAUGUUGUGAUUAUCAUGAGAAACUUUGUAGCUGUGAUGACUGUGUGCUCUCUGAUGUUGCAUCUGUAAUGGCUCCCACCUUGACAGAUGAAGCCCCUCCAUUAUCUAAUGUAGAUGUUUAUCCUUAUUCCGAACUAAACAUGGAGCAAAUAGCCAAGCUGUAUGAAGAAUUUGUGAAAUUUAGACUCUCAUUACCUGGACAUGGUAGGACAUCAGUAGGGAGUACAAGCCUAACUAGUGGUGUUACUAUAAAGUUAAUUCGUGAAGUGGCUGAAAAUGCACAUACAUUCUCUUCAGCAGAAGACAUUGAAAAAAGACUUCCUAUCUUUAGCCAAAGUCAUGCCAUUUCAAUGUGGAAUAUUGUUAAACAAUUCCUUCAGAAAGUGUGA